GACGUCAUUUCCGCAUGAGGCAGGUUACAGAGCUGCUUACUGAUCAGCUCCUGACAGAGGGACAGAUCAGAGGUGACCGGUCCUUCCUAACUAUACCCUGGAGUGGACAUCUAGUGACUGCUGCAGACAGGUCGUGGCUGAGCAUGGAUAACCCCUUUAAGAACAGUUCCCCUGAGCACCACUAGGUGGUGACCUCACUCCAGCCUUGAGAUGCCUUCUCACUCAGUAUCUGUGGGAGGUUCAGGGAAGGGAGUGCCUGGAGAAUCUUCUUGCAGCCUGGCAUCUUCCUAGUGAUGAGUCCCCUGCUGUCCCUAUUGUAAUGAUCACAUGUUCUGCUCACACCUGCGCUGGGCUUUAUUGUCAGAAGCCUCAGAGGAGCUGGUGAUCUGUGGAUGAGAGAGCAGACCCCUCUGAUGCCAUCCUCAGCCAGGUGCCCAGGCUGGAGAGAAGAACACAACAAGAGUUUGGCAGGACUUGGAGAUGAUCUUGUAAAGUUUCUUAUUUUUGGAAGGAUUCUUGGGAAGAUCCAGGGAAGCUGGAGACCUGAUGAAGGAAGAAGCCCUGAUGUUCUUACUGGAUUAAUGGCUUUAUGAUCUUAGCUUAUAGAAAACAACUUAACAUCUAUUUCUGUUGAGUGUUGAAGUUUGCUGUGACUAUUACUAACCUGAUCUUGACUAUAGUAGGAAACCAACUUUAAAAAAUGAGUAAUCAAAAUGACCUGGAGAUGCUGAAUCCCAGUUGGUGUCCACCUGGAUACUAGAGCUUGGCUUAAAGGGGCUGCACAACCAACAUUGCCAGAAGGACUUUAUUUAUGCACUGGAUUGUCAGUCUUGGAGGGAACAUGGAAUUCCAUCAAAAACUUGGAUGACCAAUUGUUGGUGGCUGAUAAGUGGAGGGACCUCCCAGCUCUGUAAGUGUUGCAGGCAGCUGCUGCCUGGCUCAUUCUAAAGGGAGUGGUUACCUUGAGACCAGUCCUAACUACUGAGCACAGAUCACACAUCCCAAAAACCUUCGCAGAGUUUGCAGUCACACAAGCCUCAGCAGCUGUUUCCAAUGCGAUAAGUAAGAAUUAGGACAGAAGGAGCAGGAUGAAAAUAUGGCAGUCCUGUUGUUGCCACCAGGUCCUGACGGCUUCCGCCGUUUCACCCCAGAAUCAUUGGCUGCUAUUGAGAAGCGUAUCGCUGAGGAACAGGCCAGAAGUGCCAAAAAGGAAUACAGAGAAGGAGAGAACAAUGAAAAUAAAGAGGAAUUACCUAUACCACAUCCCGACUUGGAGGCUGGCAAACAGCUGCCUCGAAUUUUUGGGGACUUUCCGUCACAUCUCAUUGGGCAACCCCUCGAGGAUAUUGACCCAUUCUACAGAAAUCAGAAGACCUUUAUAGUACUAAACAAAGGGAAGACAAUCUUCAGAUUUAGUGCCACUCCUGCUUUGUAUAUAAUUAGUCCCUUCCAUCCUAUCAGAAGAGCUGCAAUCAAAAUUUUGGUACAUUCAUUGUUCAGUAUGUUUAUAAUGUGCACUAUCCUCACAAACUGCGUGUUCAUGGCUAUGUCGGACCUGGGAACAUGGGGCAAAUACGUAGAGUAUACUUUCACUGGCAUUUAUACUUUUGAAUCAUUGAUAAAAAUUCUGGCAAGAGGAUUCUGUUUGAAAGAAUUCACCUUCCUGAGGGACCCAUGGAACUGGCUGGACUUCAGUGUUAUUGUCAUGGCAUAUGCCACUGAGUUUGUGGACCUGGGCAAUGUGUCAGCUUUAAGGACAUUCAGAGUACUUCGAGCUUUGAAAACAAUCUCGGUCAUUCCAGGACUGAAAACCAUUGUUGGAGCCCUUAUCCAGUCAGUAAGGAAGCUUGCAGACGUUAUGAUUUUAACUGUUUUUUGUUUGAGCGUCUUUGCCCUGAUAGGGCUUCAGCUUUUUAUGGGCCACUUGAAACAAAAAUGUGUUCGAAAUUAUACUGAGUUUAAUCGAAGCCAAUCGGACCUUUUUUUCUGGGGCAUGGAUAACACGUCCUGGUCGUCUUACGAGGAGUUCAUCCUAGACGAAAAAAAUAUCUACAGAAAGAAUGGAUCAGCAGAUCCUUUACUGUGUGGAAACAGCAGUGAUGCUGGGAAGUGCCCGGAAGGUUUUGUUUGUCUGAAGGUUGGAAAAAACCCCAAUUAUGGUUACACCAGCUUUGAUACAUUUGGAUGGGCUUUCCUUUCUCUGUUCCGACUUAUGACGCAAGAUUUUUGGGAAAACUUAUAUCAACAGACUUUACGAGCUUCAGGGAAGACAUACAUGAUAUUUUUUGUCUUCGUCAUUUUUUUGGGUUCAUUUUAUCUGGUAAACUUAAUCCUCGCCGUGGUAGCCAUGGCUUAUGAAGAACAAAACCAAGCCAGCAUUGCUGAGGCAGAAGCAAAGGAUAAAGAGUUUCAACGAGCGAUGGAACAGCUAAAGAAGGAACAAGAGAUGUUGGCAAUUAAAGGGACUGAUGGGGGUUCGUACAGCUCAUGUGAAAUGUCACCAUUCAGCUCCAAAAGUGCCAAAGAAAGAAGGAAUCGAAGAAAGAAAAAAAAAUCUUCCGAAGUGGACGAGUAUAAUGACGACAUAAGAACUAACAGAGGGGAAUCGGAUGAAGAGAGUGGACGAAAACCGUCUCUUCUCGGCAUUGGCAUUGGGCCUCUCUCUGGUAGACGAAGGAAAAGCAAUGGUAACAUUUUUAAUUUCCGUCCAAGAGACCUUUGCUCAGAGACUGAUUUUGCAGAUGAUGAAGUAAGCAAUGCCAGCUAUGGUCACAGAGGAUCUUUGCUCGUCCCGCGUGCGGGAAGACGCCAAAGUAUACAGAGCCAGACGAGCGCCAACUCCCAUCCGAACACACCCGGGUUCACGCAGAAUGGCAAGAGAAACAGUUCCGUGGAUUGUAAUGGCGUAGUGUCUUUGGUUGGAGAAGCUGGCACCUACUCAAAUCCAACUUCCCCUGGAGGUUUACAGUUGCCGGCGGUCAUUGUGGAGAAGUCGGGAACAGAAGAAAACAUGUCUCCGUCAGACCUUGAAAUGAGUAAGAUGCAGCUGCUGAUGCCUCAUCGACUCUCUGUAGAAUACAUGGAUGUGCCGUUUCAGAGACCGCGAGCAGUGAGUGCAGUCAGUGUCCUCACCAACGCCAUGGAAGAACUGGAAGAAUCCCGCCAGAAAUGUCCUCCUUGCUGGUAUCAUUUUGCCCGUACCUUCCUUAUCUGGGAAUGUUGUCCUCUGUGGUUACAAAUCAAGAAAUUUGUGAAAUUUGUAGUAAUGGAUCCGUUCUCUGAUCUAACCAUCACUAUAUGCAUAGUACUAAACACCCUAUUCAUGGCUUUGGAACAUUACGAUAUGGACAAGGACUUUGAGAACAUGCUAACCACUGGAAACUAUGUUUUCACUGGAAUUUUUACAGCUGAAAUGGUCUUCAAAAUUAUUGCCUUAGAUCCUUAUUACUAUUUCCAGCAGGGAUGGAAUAUUUUUGAUAGCAUCAUUGUAAUUCUGAGUUUAUUGGAAUUCUGCUUGUCCAGUCUCGCCAGUAUGGGAAAUCUGUCAGUUCUACGUUCUUUUCGACUUCUUCGGGUUUUCAAAUUGGCAAAGUCUUGGCCGACAUUGAAUACUCUCAUCAAAAUCAUUGGCAAUUCUGUUGGUGCUCUUGGGAACCUAACCCUUGUUUUGGCUAUCAUCGUUUUUAUUUUUGCCGUUGUUGGAGUCCAGUUGUUUGGACGGAACUAUUUGGAUUGUGUUUGUAAAAUCAAUGAUGACUGCAAGUUACCACGAUGGCACAUGAAUGACUUUUUUCAUUCGUUCCUAAUUGUGUUUCGGGUUUUGUGUGGAGAAUGGAUUGAGACCAUGUGGGAUUGCAUGGAAGUAAGCGGCCAGCCCUUGUGCAUCCUUGUCUUCAUGCUUGUUAUGGUUAUCGGAAACCUAGUGGUUCUCAACCUUUUCCUUGCUCUCCUACUGAGUUCCUUCAGUGCCGAUAACUUGAGCGCCCCAGAUGACGAUGGGGAAAUGAACAACCUGCAGAUAGCCAUUGCUAGAAUACAUAGGGGUAUUGCCUUUGCCAAACAAAGCGUCAUGGAUUUUUUCCGCAGUUUAUUUACCAAGCCCAAAAAAAGUGGAGACACUUUCAUAACAAGUUUGUCUGGAAAGAAUAGGAACAAAAACAACAUCAAUCCACACAAUCAUAUCAACAUGUCCAAUACUGGAAAAGAAAAGGAUGACUACAUGGAGGGGACUAAUACCAAUGGUGGGAUCGCAAAAAGCGGAGAAAAAUAUGUUGUGAGUGAAAGUGGAGAUUACAUGAUCACCCCUCAUCUCUCCGGAUGUGUUCCCAUUGCUAUGGGUGAAUCCGAUGUGGAGUAUCAUGAUGACGAUGAGCAGAGUAUCUUUACGGAUGUAGAGAAUGGCAAAGAGAGACAGGGUGACAGCAUUUCGGAGUGCAGCACGGUGGAUCUAAGAAAAUCCCGAGAACUCAUUGAGCAACCGCAGGACGCUUCAGAAGAGUGCAUGGAUCCUGAAGAGUGCUUUACAGAAGGCUGCAUACGGUAUUGUCCAUGCUGUCAGGUUGACAUCACGAAAGGAGUUGGUAAAAUAUGGUGGAAAAUAAGGAAGACUUGCUUCAGGAUAGUCGAACACAACUGGUUUGAGAGUUUUAUCAUCUUCAUGAUUCUUCUCAGCAGUGGAGCAUUGGCAUUUGAAGAUAUUUAUAUCGACAAGAAAAAAGCUCUGAAAAUUAUUUUGGAGUAUGCCGACAAAGUGUUCACAUACGUCUUUGUUCUUGAGAUGCUCCUUAAAUGGGUGGCCUAUGGCUUCAAGAAGUACUUUACCAAUGCAUGGUGUUGGCUGGAUUUCUUCAUAGUUGGUGUGUCUUUAAUAAGCCUCAUAGCAACUGCACUGGGAUUCUCCGACUUUGGUCCUAUUAAAUCUCUUAGGACCCUCAGAGCUUUGAGACCAUUAAGGGCUUUAUCACGGUUUGAAGGGAUGAGGGUCGUAGUGAAUGCCUUAAUAGGGGCUAUCCCAUCCAUCAUGAAUGUGCUGCUGGUGUGUCUUAUUUUCUGGCUAAUUUUUAGCAUCAUGGGAGUGAAUUUAUUUGCCGGAAAAUUUGGAAAAUGUGUGUACGCGGAGAACAAGACAGAAGUGGAUGUGUCUAUAGUAGACAAUAUGGAUAUGUGUAAAGCUUUGAUGAAUGUGACAGACGUCUAUUGGACAAAUGUCAAAGUCAACUUUGAUAAUGUUGGGGCAGGUUAUCUGGCUCUGCUUCAAGUGGCAACGUUUAAAGGGUGGAUGGAUAUCAUGUAUGCUGCUGUAGACUCACGUGAAGUUAAGCAACAGCCGAUAUAUGAAAACAGUAAAUACAUGUACCUGUACUUUGUCAUAUUCAUCAUCUUUGGAUCCUUCUUCACUCUGAACCUUUUCAUUGGUGUGAUUAUAGACAAUUUCAAUCAACAAAAGAAAAAGUUAGGGGGCCAGGAUAUUUUUAUGACAGAGGAACAGAAAAAAUAUUACAAUGCUAUGAAGAAGUUGGGGUCAAAAAAGCCACAGAAACCAAUUCCAAGGCCACAGAACAAGUUUCAAGGAUUUUUCUUUGAUGUUGUGACCAGACAAGCCUUCGACAUUACCAUCAUGGUCCUUAUAUGCCUUAAUAUGGUUACCAUGAUGGUUGAAACAGAUGAGCAAUCUGAGGACAUUGAGAACUUAUUGUACAAUAUCAACCUGGCCUUUGUGGUAAUUUUCUCUGGAGAAUGUUUAUUUAAAAUCCUGGCUCUCAGGUACUACUACUUCACAAUCGGAUGGAAUAUCUUUGAUUUCGUGGUGGUGAUUCUUUCCGUUGUUGGCAUUGUGCUUUCAGAUAUCAUCAAAAACUAUUUUGUGUCUCCGACCUUGUUCAGGAUAAUACGUUUAGCACGAAUUGGACGUGUUCUCCGACUAAUCAGAGGAGCCAAAGGAAUAAGGACUCUCUUAUUUGCCUUAAUGAUGUCCCUCCCUGCUCUUUUUAAUAUUGGUCUUUUGCUUUUCCUUGUUAUGUUCAUAUAUGCCAUUUUUGGCAUGUCAAACUUUGCAUAUGUAAAGAAGGAGGGUGGGAUUGAUGACAUGUUUAAUUUUGAAACAUUUGGAAACAGUAUGAUUUGUCUUUUCCAAAUCACUACAUCAGCUGGAUGGGAUGGUCUUCUCAGCCCUAUAUUAAACAGCAAGGAACCUGAUUGUGAUCCCACCAUGCCAAACCCAGGAAGCACUACUGUUGGAAACUGCGGGAAUCCUCCUGUGGGAAUCGUCUUCUUUGUUAGUUAUAUUAUCAUAUCAUUUCUUAUUGUUGUUAACAUGUACAUAGCCAUUAUUUUGGAAAACUUCAGUGUGGCAACAGAGGAAAGUACAGAGCCUCUAAGUGAAGAUGACUUUGAAAUGUUUUAUGAAGUCUGGGAGAAAUUUGACCCAGAGGCAACACAGUUCAUAGAUUACUCUGUCCUUUCUACAUUCGCAGACUCGCUUGCUGAGCCCUUACGUAUACCGUUACCAAAUAAGAUUAAGCUGAUAGCAAUGGACUUGCCUAUGGUUAGUGGUGAUAGGAUUCAUUGCUUGGAUAUUUUAUUUGCAUUCACCAAAAGAGUUCUUGGAGAAUCUGGAGAGAUGGAUACUCUAAAGAUACAAAUGGAAGAAAAAUUUAUGGCGGCUAACCCAUCAAAAAUUUCCUAUGAACCCAUUACAACCACUCUAAGGCGUAAACAAGAAGAGGUGUCUGCCUGUAUCAUCCAAAGAGCCUACAGGAGGCAUUUGCUUUACCGUUCCAUGAGACAAGCCUCAUUCCUUUAUCGUCACAGGUCAUGUGAUGAUAACAUCAUCGAAGAAGAUGCCCCAGAAAAAGAGGGUCUUAUUGCAAUCAUGAUGAAUGAAAAUUACGGGCGUCAUUUGAAUAAAAUGGAAUCUUUGUCUUCGACUUCAUUUCCACCUUCAUACGACAGUGUAACCAGGGACACAUGUGACAAUAUCACAAUGGAAGACUCUUCCAAAAACGACGAGUCCACAGAUUGUAAAAUAUGUGCAGACAGAGACAAAGAAUCGUUUGUAUAACCAUUGUUUUUGAUAUUGUUUACAGAAUGUUACAAUGUAAAAGUGCACAACAGUUCUGGCAGCCUUCAUAUUCAAUUUAUUUGCUAAUAAAAGGAAUUAACUUUUCAACUUGAACUACUGGGAACGAAUGCUUUACAACCUUUGACUCAAUGUUAGUCAACUUUGCUUUAUAUUUCUACAUCAAGAACUUAUGCAGCCUAAAAAGUAAUAACAGUGGCGUGGUUAUGAGUAUGCUAAUGUGUAAAAGAGUAAUGCAAUGUAUCUCUAUACACAGACAAAGCCUGACUGUAUACAUUCAUUUAUGGUCUUAUACUAGUGUGUUUAGUAAAGGUUAUAUAUGACCUUGCAUCUAAGUUGAAUCCAAAUAUCACAAGCUGCUGUAGCAAAAAUAUAUACACUUACUGUAUAUGUCAUGAAUGGUCUUUCAGAAAUUUAUAUUUGAUAUUUUUUUUACUUGCAAAAAAAAUUCUUUUUUUCAAGGGGAGUGCAGAUAACUAUUUAGAUAUCUGCAUUAUAAACUCUCAAAUUAUGUAAUAUAAAAAAAAAAAAGAAAAAAAUAAUUCUCGGAUCGUGCUGCUGAAAAUUGUUACAAAACAUUUGAACUGUUAUCACAAGCUGACGUGUAAAUGCUUGGCAUGGGUAAUGCAAAUAAAGCUUUUUAAAAAGGG